AUGAGUAUCUUAAAUAUCCGCAAAAACACAGCUAAUUAGUUGGGUAUUGCACAUAUGAGCCUGGGAGUAGGUACAAAAAUGAGCCAUCGUAGUUGCGUAAGCCUCUUACACUUUGUGGGCUUUAAAAAGACCGAAUUGCAACGUUGUACUAUUGUACUAAAUGUAACCUGCCAAAAUCACGUAACCUUUUUAAUACUAUUUUGAUCACUUACCAGUAAUUUGAAUUUAUCUUUAUUAACUGUAGAGUGCCGAUUCCUAGGCCGAACCCUCAGUAUUGUUUGGAAAUCUUCUGGAUACUGAUAUUAUAGUAUUAUUAACGAAAUUUCCUCAUAAAAUAUCGUUCGUCUCUUCUAGAGUUGGUUUCCUAGCGUCCACCCAGGGGGGUGAAACGGCUUAUGGACGAACUGGCAACACCAGGGUCAUUCUCUUCAGGCACAAAACACAUAAAUCUCCAGGCAAAAUCUAGGACACUUUCUUACCAACAGAGUUUGGUUUUUGACAAACGACGGUUUGACUUUCCCUGGGAACUUCCAUUUAGUUUUCAAACUGUGUUUUGAUUCGGAGCAGCAUGGUACAGAAGACCAACUGGAAGAAUUUACAAAUACGCAAAAAGAAAUUCUUUUAAAAGGAGUGGUGAUACUAAUAAAGGUCAUAUAUCAACAAAUGAGAAAUUCAAGACAGCUAAAGUCAGGUAAUGUUUUUUUAUAUAGUCCAGCACUCUUCAUCCAUUGAAUUGUCUAUUUACUUCCAUUAACCAUAUACUACUGUGAUAUUAUACCUAAACAAUAUUUUUUUUUUGUUUGGUGGUUGCAACUUCCUUCGGAGGGGGAAGUUGGACGAAGAAUAAUUAUUAAUUUUGUUACUUCCUGUAACGUUAAA